CAGCCCGUCGCUCCACCCGACGCCCAGCCCCACGCCCAGCCCUACGCCUUACCCGACGCCCUACCCUACGCCCACCCCACGCCUAGCCCUACGCCCAGCCCGACGGCUCACCCUACCCCCAGCCCUACGCCCAGCCCUACACCCAGCCCGACGCCCAGCCCGACGCCAAGCCCCACGCCCAGCCCGACGCCCACCCUACGCCCAGCCCCACAUCCAGCCCUACGCUUUACCCGACGCCCUACCCUACGCCCAGCCCCACGCCUAGCCCUACGCCCAGCCCGACGGCUCACCCUACCCCCAGCCCUACGCCCACCCCACGCCGAGCCCCACGCCCAGCCCGACAGCCGGCGCGCCUGCCAUGGGCGGAGCCGCCGGCGCGCCUGCCAUGGGCGGAGCCGCGGGCGCGCCGGCCAUGGGCGGAGCCGCGGGCGCGCCCGCCAUGGGCGGAGCCGCCGGAGUGACGUCGGGAUCUAUCUCGGCCACCGGCGAUCCACAUCUGCAAAACGUCCAUGGUGAGCGAUUCGAUUUGAUGAGGCCUGGGAAGUACGUCCUGAUUCAAAUUCCCAAAGGGGAGCCUGCCGAGGACACGCUGCUUCGCGUACAGGCUGACGCGCGUCGACUUGGUGGACAAUGCGCAGAUCUAUAUUUCCAAGAACUGAAUGUCACAGGGGCAUGGGCCGAUGCGAAGUAUGCUGGCGGUCUCCGUUUCCAAGCUCGGGGCGAGCUCCACGAAAAGCCGAAUUGGAUCAAGUUCGGGAAAGUCCAGAUCAAAGUUGCCAAUGGGCGCACGAACGAGGGCAUAUUUUACUUGAACUUUUACGUGAAGCACCUUGGGCAUGCCGGGUUUUCUGUCGGAGGGUUGCUCGGAGAAGAUGAUCACAAGCAGGCUGCGAAACCUUCACCUGGUUGUGUUCACCAUACAUCACUUCUCCAAGUAGGGGCUCAGAGUGAGGACAGCGUGCCCGUAGCCUGGGUUGCAGAGGCAAGCUUCGCAUGAGAACAUUCGCUUCCGUGCUUUUGAGUCUGAGUUUCACGAUCUACUCAUAGUGGUGAGGGGACCUGGUUCCUUUCUGCAUCUGAGAUGCUGCUGGAAAAAAGACAGAUUCCUUGGUAAGAUGCGCCUUGUGUUGGCAGCAUAUUGAGCCCGUCAGAAGGCUGGCGGAGUUGCAUCAUCAGCUUCAGGAUUGCUGUUUGCCUUAAUUCUAGACGCUUCGUGU